AUGGGACUUAAACAAAUACCGAAUGAACGCAAGCAUUGGUCUUCUGAUUCAUUAUAUUGCACUGAAUUAAUAAAGAACUCUAUGACAUUAACACGCUAUCUAACUAUUAAAAGAUGCCUGCAUUUCCACUCUCAAACAAAUGAAACAAAUGAAUGUAAUAACGACCCAUUAUAUAGAGUAAGAGUAUUAUUGAAUCAUUUACCUAAAGUUAGUCAAGAGCUUUAUCAACCAAAUAAACAGUUAACUGUUGAUGAAAGCCUUGUAGGAUUUGAUGGACGAUUUAGUGAAAAACAGCAUAUGCCAAACAAAGCUCAUAAACAAGGCAUUAAGUUUUAUGUUUGCUGCGAAUCUGAAACAGGAUACAUGUACAAUUGGCACUGCCAUUCAUCAACAGAUAAAGGUCUCCCUAACUUUACUGAAAAGAUUGUACUGAAGUUAUUACAGCCUAUUGACGAAAUGUCAGGUCAUGAAGUUUAUACUGACAAUUUUUAUACUUCAAUAUCAUUAGCUAACUCUCUGAUUGAAAGGGGAAUUGGAUUAACUGGCACUGUUAGAUUGAAUAGACAUGGUCUUCCCAUACAAUUUAAAAAACCAUUUAUAAAAUCGGAAAUGCUAAGUAAGAAAAAUCGAGGCCCUAGGUAUAUGAGAAGUGGCAAAACAACAAUUGUUCAAUGGUACGACAACAAAUUAGUAACCGCUAUUUCCACACAUAUACCUAAAGGUGAAUCUGAAAAAGAGCUUAAGUUAUCACCGCUACAGUCAUCGAGUUUGCUUUUGGCCACAAGUUGUAUGGCAUUUAUUAGUUAA